AUGUCGUCCCAAUAUCGACGACCAUCUCCGAGCCGGAGUAGAAAAAAGCCUCGUGAUGACCCUCACCGCAUGUCCACAGGCUCAUUAGCAGGCGGCGGCGAUGGCUAUUAUGGUGGGCCACCGCCCGUUGCUCCUCAAGCGCCUCCUCAAAACAACCACUCCGUUCCUCAGUCCCCCAUUUCUAGUAAUGAGAGCAUAGGGGCUUAUCCCCCAGGAUCCCGGCUAGGACACAUGCAUCACCAUCCUCUGCAAUAUGGCUUUCCACCAGCCCCGGCUCCUCCGGCGAUGAGGGGUGGUGAUGCCGGUUAUGCCUACAAUGGAGCUCGCCCUAACUAUGGGAAAAAUGCGCAGACUGGAAAUACGCAAAAUGUCAUUCACCAGAAAUACCCACAGCAUACGCAGGAAUACGAGCAUCCAGAAUCUGACUACAGAAACCAUCCUCGAGCUCAUCAGACGGCUCAUCAGACGGCUCAUCAGGCAGCUCAUCAGACGGCUCAUCGGGAAUCGCGAUCUUCUUCUAGCACCAGGGAUGGGGAAUUCUCUCCUCCUGGCUCUGCUGGUGGUAUGUUAUACCUUGACCCCACAUAAUGUAGCCGGCCAUAGUAACACAUGGCCCCUAGGGAGCAGCGGUUUUCCUUUUUCAGGCUUCGAGUCCCAGGAUCGCCACAGGGGCUUUGCAGUCCCUUCUGGCCAACGGCAGGAUAGGGGAUACCGGCUUGAUGGACCCCUACCCGGCGAACGCGACCAGAGAUCGUUUGGAGGCACAGUGUACAACCCAGCUAGUGGUAACAGACCUGUCCUUGGCGGGGAGCGGCAACGUGGAAGAAGCUCGUCUCGGGGCCCGCAUGGAUUAGGCCUUGGGGAGAUAGGCGGCGACGGCCAGUCGGACGGGUACUCCGAUGAACGGGAUAUGUAUGACCAGCGUCCGGGUGGGAGGAGACCGGCUGGCUCCGGGAUUGCCGGCCCGAAUGCGGGUGCCCUAGUAAGGUCCCGAUCACGGUCUGCUCCUCCCGAAUCACGGGCAAUGAUUCCGCAGCACGCCCCGUUUUCCGAAUCCGAUGGUGGCAGUAGCUCAUCAUCUUCUAGCACCGUUCCCCAACCUGGAACGGGAAUCCGAUUGGAAUAUGCCGGGAAUUCUGUGGAUAUCACGUACACGGGCAGUGGAGGGAAACCCGUAAGCAUUGGGAGCAUCACCAUCAAUACUACUGCUCGCACUACAGCUAUCCCAAUAAACCCAGCUACUCAGGCGAUCACUGCGCCCCAAAUGCAAGCAAUCACUGCACCCCCAUCCGCUCCAGCUCCAGCUGCCCUGCCUGCACCCCCGCCUCCGCCAGUGCAGCCGGUUUUCAUUCCACCACCCCCCGCUCCAGUCGCCGUCCCACCCCCUGGAAUCGAGCCACUAAUACUUCCACCCCCACCAGCACCUAUGAUACCCGCAUCCAUGCCUGCCUCUGUGCCCGUUUCUAUGCCUGUCUCUAUGCCCAGGCAGGAUAUGGGUACCUACGGUGGUGACGAAAGGGGUAUGCGUGAUCACAUGUUCCACAGUAUGGAUGCUCUUGCAUUGGAGCCCCGUUAUGACGACCGCGGGCGUGACCGGGAAAUCGUGCCUCUUCGUGGAGUGAGGGCUCUGUCUCGCCGACGGCGCUCGCAAAGCCGUGGCCGAAAGCCUGCUGAUGACGAACUCCGAUGGACGAAAAUCAGCCGUGACAUUGUUGCCCGCCGAGCGGUCGAGGUUAGGGGAUACGACUUUGAAGAGCAACCCGACUCUAUUGUGGUGUUCCGAGUGCUGAACGAGGAUGAGAUUGACGAUCUCAUCGGACUUUCUGAGCGUAUUCGCAAAGGUGAGAUCCGGGUGAUUAGGCGUGAUCGGCGUGACGACUCGGGUAAGGAGCGUGAUCACCGCCGUCGGCGCCCCCACCCCCGCCAGAGGUCCCAUAGCCGUCCUCAGUCGGUACACGGGUACCCAAUCUCAGGCGGGCCCGGCCCCUCCGCCAACCGCCCACCGCCGGCAAAGCCGGCCCUCGUGAUACCCGCCCCAGACCCGCCCCAAGCCGAAGCACCCGCCCCACCACCCCAGCCAUCUGCUGAAUCAUCCGGAGCUCGGGGUGGAAGGCCCACUGAGGAUCCGAACAAGCCGGGGACCUACAUUGGAUAUAGCCGUAACCCGCCGAGGAGUGCUGCAGAUUCGGGCCCAUACUAG